AUGAGCAACGUUUACAAGUUCGAUAAUCUCGAAGAUCUCUUACAAUGUAUUAUCUGUCUCGAUCGAUAUCAAACACCCAAAGUUCUAUCAUGUCAACACACAUUUUGUUUACGAUGUUUGCAGGGAAUUUACGAUAGUCGUCAUCAAACAUUAACUUGUCCAACAUGUCGAAAGGUGAUGCAUUUAACUCGGGGACCAAACGAAUUGCCUGGAAAUAUUUUGUUAACUAAUUUGAUGGACGUUCAACCAGUCAAAGCCAAAUGUCCAUGUUGUCACAAAAUAGAAACGUUAACAAUAUGCGAACAUUGUAACUCAACCAAAUGUGCUAAUUGUAAUGAACAACAUAUUAAUGACAUAAGACAGUCUACUAGAACAACAAUUGAAGAAUUAAAGGAUACAAGUGAAAAUAAUUUGAAAGUGUCGAUUCACGAUGCUUUUAAAACAGUUCGUAAUGAAAUUUGUAGUCAAUUUCAAAAUAUUCGUCAACAUCACGAUGCCAUUCUGCUCAACAAACAAUUAGACAUCCUAAAACAACUGGAACUCCAUGAAAGAAACUUAUUAAUUGAUGUCGAAAACGACCUUCAAUCUUUGGAACAGUCACGAGCGGAAUUAAUAGAAAAAAACUAUCACCUUGAAAGUAAAAACGAACCUGAACUAGUAGAUUUGCUGACGAAAGCUUCAAAUAUUCAAUCGCGUUUGGCAACGAAAUUAGCCGAACAUUACGCACAUCUGAAUACUAUUGAAGUAACUCUUCAGUAUGAUCCCGAUCAAAUUAAUCAAAUAAAUCAACUAUGUAAUCACAUGCAAUUGAAUGUCAGUUAUACAACUGAACAGAAAGCAUCUCAAUCGACUAAUGUACUUGUUCCAUCCGAAUCAAUAUGUUUAACUCUACGAACAUCUCUUAAUCAAGAGUACAAAUAUCAUAUAGGAUUGGAUAAAACGAUUUAUGAAUUAAAAGAAAUGUUUGGCAAACAAGGAAAUCUUCACGCCAAUCAAAUCGUAUUAACAAAACCUGGCAACUUUUUCGAUCAACUUGAUGAUAAUCGAACGUUAAGAUCGUACGAUUGUGAUUCGACAACUAUUUUCAUGAUUAGUGUUCAAAAAUAA